AUGGGCUUUGUUGUUGUCCCUGCCACGCUCCCCGAUAUCCGGGCUAUCUAUGAUGUCUGGUUUGCGGCAUUCAAGGGCCAAUUAAUCCUGGACCUCAUCUACCCAGGAACCGAUCUCAACGAUGAGGCGUUCCGUAAAGUCCACACCGAGGGGACUCUUGAAUAUUGGAAAGGAUUGAGCAUGGAGCACACCUUCCAAUGCAUUGACACCAACACCGGUAAAAUCGCCGGCAUGGCGACUUGGCAAGUCUACUGGCGGGAAAGGACCACCGAAGAGCGUAAGAAGCCGUGGAUUGGAUGGUUGGAAGGUGAACAGCGAGAGCGUGCCGAAGGCUUCUUAGGACAGCUUUGGGAAAAGAGGGAGAAGUGGAUUGGGUCCAAGAGGCAUGUGUACUGUCACACAGUUGCAGUGCAUCCAGAUUACCAGGGUAGAGGUAUCGGAGCACAGCUUAUGCAAUGGGGAAUAAACGUGGCAGAGCAGCUGAAUUUGCCGAUUUACCUUGAGUCAACAGUGGAGGGAGUCCCCUUGUAUCAAAAACUUGGCUUCCAGACUCUCUCGGAAAGCAUCCUGUUCAAGCCCGAAAUUACCAGGGUCGAAAAAGAGGUUCGAGCACCACUCAUGGUGAAAAUGCCCACAGCUGCGGGAAACACGGCAUUUGAGGAAUGGGCGGAUGACAAGAAUUCCUCUGUAUAA